AUGGAAGAUUUGUUCCACUAUGUUUGGCAAAAAAACAGCACAAUUUUUCACGAUGUUCCCCAAGCCAUCUUUACAAGCAAAGGCUUUGAAUAUUUCUGCAAAGUAUUUGAAAAAAUUGACCUUAUCAACAUGCCCGAUUUGAAACGAAAGAAAGAGAGUCCUUGUACUCCUGUAAUGAAGUCCAAGGCUUCCCCAGGUACCUAUACCGCAACUAACUAUGAGCGUGAAACCAUUUCAUCGGCCUCUAAGAAGGUUGUUCCAAAAGGAGGUUCUUCGGAAAAACGUCCAAAGAAGAGAGUUGCUCGUCAAAGAAAGAAAAUACCUCUGGUUGAACUUGAAACUAACAAUUCGACCUUAUCAACCAGCUUAGAGGGUCCCUUGAUCAAUCAAUAUUUGGACGACGAAGGACAGAAGAUCUCAAUGUUUGAAUGUAUGGAAAAUACUUCGUCUGACGACAUCGUUAAAAUUAUAAUACCUAAGUACGAUGAAAGAAGUAUUCCAGACUCGUAUAAUCAAGAACAAAAAGAUGUUGCCCUUUUGAUUCUUGACGCUUUUGAAACGAAUGGGGUUGCCAUUUAA